UAAUAGUGCCUGGUGCUCAGAGAUAAGAAUUUAAUAGAAUUUUGGCAAGUGGAGGCUGCCUUGCAGAAGCAUAAUAUAUGCAUAACCUGGUAAAGUGAGAUAGAAAAUGGCAUUUGAAUGCAAAUCUCAAAUGAUCUUAAUGAAUGGCUGCUGUCCCCUGCCUCUAAUAUGGGUUGCAGGCAACAAAGGAAGCAGGUUUGAUAACCGAGGGCAUCUGUCAUAUCCUGGACUGCUUAUGGUGUUUCAAAUAGGAAUCCUCGGACUCUACCACAAGCUCGCUUGGGGGAGGUAGGUUGACAGUGUGACACUGCCAAUCUUUUAGUUCAAAUCGUGAACCCCAAAUAAGUAACCUUGCCUCACAUAUUCCAACCGGCUCGAGUGCACUAGCCGUGCCCGCGUUGCAGAGGACUCGGCAGUUCCGGAGAUAUUUGGAAGUUGGGUUCCGUGCGGGGAUAAAUUUCACGAGGCACCUAUUAGAUGAUAUACAGUAAAUUCAUUUCUCCUCGCAGAGUAAACAGAUAUAUUGCAACCCCAAGGGUUUCUGGGUAGUGUAUUUACAGGGAAAAUAUAUCAACCUCUCCCUGCAAUCUAACUAAUGAGGUUGGCCAUUAAGUAAAUGACACCGAACCGUCAGUGGCUUAAGCAACACACAGUUGAGUAUCAAAUAUUUAAUUCAGCCUCCACAUGUCUCCUGUUCCGCUGUGUCCUACCAUGGCCCAGCCCCUGCUGUAGACUUCAUUAACGCACUCUGUGAUGUCAUCUCACCGAGCUGGACAAUAGCUAUGGGGAAAAGAGAAUGAAUUUAGAGGUGAGCUGCUGAAUCAGAUCUGGACUAACGGCAGUGCUGAGAAGCUGAGCGCCAGUGACAAUCCCAGCAGCCUCCGCAGCAAACACGCCAAGAUGAACCAAGAUGUUGAUGAAAAGAGACUGCGCACUCGAUCGAAGGGCAUCAGGAUACCUUCGGAGCCUGUGGGGCAGGAUGUAAGUUGUCCAACUCCAGGCUGCAACGGCUCAGGACACGUCAGCAUAAAAUACGCACGGCACAGAAGUUCACAAGGCUGCCCUUUGGCCAAGAAAAGGAAAGUACAGGACUCGGAGUCUGGCCAGCCCCUGCUCAAGCGGAAAUCACACCCUUUGAAACUUGCCCUGGACGAAGGCUACAACGGAGAGAGCGAUGGAGUGGACGAGCUGGAGAUAAAGGAGGAGUCAAUCGCUGACGGAUCAGAGGAAGCCCUUGAAGUCGAAGAGGAAUUAGAAGAUGAGGAAGAAGAGAAAAGCAUGGGAGACAUGGAAAGAUCAGAGCUAGUACCAGAGGUGAGGCAUAAAGGGCUGGACCUCAGACCUCACUGGGAGGACGGUACCAAGACCGUCAGCGCUCGGAAGGAGGAUUUCAUCAGCUACCAGGAGCUCGUUGCCAAAUCGCUUCUAAACCUCGGCAAAAUAGUGGACGAUACCGCUAUCCCCUCGUUCCCGGACAGAAAGGCCGGCAACGGCGAGCCGCAGCCGCACGAGGCCCGCGUUUACGCGAAAGGCGGCGAGGGUCCGGAAGCGGCGGGAGAGGAGAGUGACUCGGGGAAGGAAGGGAACGAGAGCGAGCCCGUGACUGAGGACUCCGAGGACGAGAAGGAAGUCGACCGGGACGUUAACUCGACGGCCGAAGAUCGCCAGGCCGGCGCCAACACGCUCCCGCCCGCCGAGGAAGCGAGCGGGGAGGAGGGUAAAGAAUUACAGGACGCUGACCGCGGCCGGCCGGCGGUUCCCCUCCCACGGCGGCUGGACGUGAACGACGAGCAGCGCGUGGGUGGCAGCAGCGAGGCCGUCGGGGCACCGUGCAAGGACAGCGCGGAGGUAGAGGCGCGGGUAUCGCUGGGGACGGAGGAGGAGAGGGGUCCGCCGGGCCCCGCACCAACCGAGGGCCAGGACGAGGAUGAGGAUGAGGAGGAUGAGGAUGAGGAGGAGGAUGAAGAGGAGGAGGAGGAGGAGGAGCGUGCAGGCGGGUGCCAAGGUUCACCCCCAAAACCAGCCGGCACGGAAGAGUCGGAAAUGUACGACAUGAUGACGAAAGGAAACCUCGGACUCCUCGAACAGGCCAUCGCCUUGAAGGCGGAGCAGGUGAACAUGAAGAGGGAAGACAUGAGCAGGGAGGUGAGCCGGAUAGCGGGGGAGCCCAUGAGACACAUGCACAUGGAGGACAAGCCGGGAAAGUCUCUGGAUUCCAUCAGGAAGAGUCUGUACAGCAAAGAUCCCUCGCGGUCGGAGAAAAGGGAAAUCAAGUGCCCCACGCCCGGGUGUGACGGCACGGGUCACGUGACGGGAUUGUACCCACACCAUCGCAGUUUGUCCGGCUGCCCGCACAAGGAUAAAAUACCUCCAGAAAUCCUGGCCAUGCACGAGAAUGUGCUGAAGUGCCCGACGCUGGGCUGCACCGGACAGGGCCAUGUCAACAGCAACCGCAACACUCACAGGAGCCUCUCAGGAUGUCCCAUUGCCGCUGCCGAGAAGCUGGCAAAGUCCCACGAGAAGCAGCACAGCGGCGAAUCUCCAAAAAGUAGCCAAAGUUCUGACCGAGUAUUGAGGCCGAUGUGCUUUGUGAAGCAGCUGGAGAUUCCUCACUAUGGUUACAGACCCAACAUGCUGCCUGUCACCCCCCGCGCUAACCUGGCCAAGGAACUGGAGAAGUACUCCAAGGUCACCUUCGACUACGCUAGUUUUGACGCGCAGGUUUUUGGGAAACGCGUGAUUGCACCGAAACUCCAUGGCUCCGAAAACGCGGCCAAGACCUUCAAAUCCAAGCCGUUCCCAAAGGCCUCCUCGCCCAUCCACAGCAUGUCCGCCAACUACGUCAAGAGCUCGCCCUCGUCCGUUGGCUAUGACUACGCCCAGGAGGCCGAGGCCGCCCACAUGGCUGCCACCGCCAUCCUCAACCUGUCCACGCGCUGCUGGGAGAUGCCGGAGAACCUCAGCACCAAACAUCAGGACCACCCGUCUAAGAACAUGGACAUCGAGGUGGACGAAAAUGGAACCCUGGACCUCAGCAUGAACAAGAAACGGAAGAGGGACAAUGUGUUUUCAGCUUUGGGCUCCACCCUGCGGUCAGCAGAGUUGGCCUCCUCCUACCCUCAAGGGGGCAGCAGCGCGUGCAGCAGCGUGAUGGGGUCACCCCAGUCCAGCCAGACCUCCAAGCAGGACGAAUAUGACGGCCCCAUUGACUACACAAAGCCCAGCAGACAGAGGGAGGAAGACUGUGAGGAGAUGGAACCUGCCACCUCCCCAUUCCCUUCCUCGGAGGCAGGGGAUCUAGAGGUGAUGGAUGAGAGUAUGGAAGACAGAAAAUACCCUGGGGAAGUCACCAGCUCCAGCCUGAAGCUGAAAUAUUCAUGCAAAGAUGCCAAGAAGGAAUUAAUAACCUGCCCGACUCCCGGCUGUGAUGGUAGUGGCCACAUCACUGGAAGCUACGCCUCGCACCGCAGUCUCUCUGGCUGUCCUUUGGCAGAUAAAAGUCUAAGAAACCUCAUGGCUGCUCACUCUUCAGAACUCAGGUGCCCAACCCCAGGUUGUGAUGGCUCUGGUCAUAUCACAGGGAAUUACACUUCUCACAGAAGCUUAUCAGGGUGCCCACGUGCUAAGAAAAGUGGACAGAAAUUUACACCCACCAAGGAUGAUAAGGAGGACCCUGAGAUGAAGUGCCCCGUCCCUGGGUGCGACGGACUGGGCCACGUCAGUGGCAAGUACGCGUCGCAUCGCAGUGCGUCCGGAUGCCCGCUGGCCGCCCGUCGCCAAAAGGAAGGAUUCCACAACGGCUCGCCCUUUACCUGGAAGCCCGUGAAGGGAGACGGGCCGGCGUGCCCAACUCCGGGCUGCGAUGGCUCAGGACAUGCCAAUGGCAGCUUCCUUACACAUAGAAGUCUUUCUGGUUGUCCAAGAGCAACUUUGGCCAUGAAGAAAGCAAAAUUCUCAGGGGAAGAUCUACUUACGACAAAAUUCAGAGCAAGUGACGCGAUAGAAAAUGAUGAAGAGAUUAAGCAACUUGACAAAGAGAUCAGUGAACUAAAUGAGUCCAACACAGAGAUGGAAUCCAACAUGGUGAAGUUGCAAUCGCAGAUUUCCAGCAUGGAAAAAAACUUGAAGACUAUCGAAGAUGAGAAUAAAGUGAUUGAAGAGCAGAAUGAAGCCUUAUUUAAAGAGCUGGCAGGGUUGAGUCAAGCCCUGAUUCGCAGCCUUGCUGACAUCAAACUGCCUCAAAUGCAGGAACCGAUCAGCGAACAGAAUUUUGACGCCUAUGUUAAUACCCUCACAGAUAUGUAUACCAACAUGGAAUGCUACCAGAACCCAGAAAACAAAGCACUACUGGAGAGCAUUAAACAAGCUGUAAAGGGCAUUCAGGUCUAAAACAUUGUAUAUGAACGGUUCAAGUAAGCUGUAAAUACAGUACAUUUGUGAUUGAUAUUGGUUUAGAAAUAUUUAUAGCAAUUACGAGCAUAGAAAUUACACUUGUUUAGAACAAGCAGUCCGUAACAUUAUUGUGUAAAUUUUAAAAUUACGUUAAAAUUGAAUCUGGAAAGCAAAUAUGUAACCUAUUCUGUAUGUCGACUCUUCCUAUGUAUUUAAUGUUUGUCUAUUUAUUUAACUUUGUGUUUAAUCCAGAUAAAACUGAAUUGACAAAGAAACUUGUUUCUGGAGCGCGUGGAGACUGUAAUAUUUUCCACGCUGUUCCGGUUUAAGUUGUUUUACGAAGUUAACACAAGUCAAGUUAUUUUUGUAUUGUAUUAUUUAUUACUUUAUUAAUGUGAUUUAUUCCCUUUUUACGUGGAGUGAGAAUAUUUUAUAACUGACAUGUUUUGAUAAUUUUUUCAGAAAAUGUUCUGAUUUUAUUAAUAUUUUUUCCUACCUUUGCGAAAAUAUUUUUCAGACAUUUGCCACUGCUAAAGCAAAACUAUGAAUUAACUACUAUUUAUUUGAUAUUUAAGCAAAUUAAUUUAAAGAGUCCUUACUGUAAUACUUAAGAGCCAUUUUUCUGUGAAUGACGUAUAUUUAUUUUGUAUGUCUGUGAGUCUGUUAUGUGACUUUGAAUUUGGGAACAGCUAGUCUGCGAACUUAAACGUAUUGUAGAAUGAUGCAGUUAGAAGCCUUCCUCUGAAUUAUCUGAACAGUUUCAAAAAAAGACAAAUAAUGUCACGGAGUUUUAAUAUGGGACGUUUACAGCCUUUUUACAGCAUCUGCAGGUUUAUAGAAUUGCGUAGUGGUUCUAAUUCAUUAUUUCUCCAGCGGAAGUGUUUGAAAAGUCCUUGGAGGAGACAUUCACUCUUCAAACGGAAAGAGCACCUACAGACUCCUGUACAAUGUACUGGGGGUCCAGCUGCCGUCUAUAUACAGUAACACAUUCCAGAUUCUGAACUGUGUUUGAAUUUCUUAAAAGCCUCAGGUAAGCCAGACCUGGGAUCAGGGCAUUCGUGGCAUUCUUGCCUCACUGAAAGAUAUGUAAUUUAUAAGUUAUGUUUGUAAAUCAGAAGAAAAAAAAAACAAAAA